UGGAAGAAGAAAAAGUUGCACCUCCUUCAACCACCACAACUCCACAAGUACACUUUGGCGGGAAAUAAUAAAAGAUUGUCACGGAAGUUUCGGUUCUCCCCAAACCCCCACGAAACAUUCCUCUUCCCGAAACCCAUACUCCAGCCGUUCCCCUUCUCCACUCACACUAUAAACUCACUCUCUUUCUCUCUCUUCCAAGCUUUCAUCAAUGGCGGUCCUCAGGUCUCGAAAAACACCCCCUCUAUCUCCCCCUUCAUCUUCCAAAACCCUAGAAAAAGGGUUUAUCGAACCUUCAACUCCCUCUAAAACCACCGAAUCUUCACUAAAUUGUGACAUGUCUAGCCCUAAUUGUGCCGAAUUACACUCCAAUUCGACUACGGUUGACGUUCCACCUAGACGGCGAAGUCUUCGUCUCUUAUCGAAGUUGAAUUCUGAGGAGACUGAGAUUUCCCGCAAUUCUUGUUCUAGUUUGAGCACGAAGCGUCGGAGAAAUGGGAGUGUUAUUACGAGUGAUCAAAUUUGUUUGCAGAAUGUUGAAGUUGUUAAUGGUGAUGAUAGUUUAGGUUCAAUUUUAGUGGAAAAAAGUAGUGUUAGGGUUUCUGAUUGUGAUUUAAUGGUGACAGAAACAUCAUCUGAUUGUCCGAAUGAGGUGGAAAUGAAAGAAGAAAAUGGACAUUUGAGUUUGCCAUCCGGUUCGAAAAUUAUUAAGACAUCAUUGGAAGUGGAUGAAGAGGUGAAGGAAAUUGAUAAAGGAAAGGCUAUAUUGAUUGAAGGAGAUGAUGAUAUUGAGGAUGGGGGAAAGAUGGCGGAAGGUGGUUCGAGUUUGAAUUGGGAGGAUGAGGAAUUAGAGAGCUCAAGUAGAAGAUUUACUAGAGAGGAGAAGGGGAAAGGUGUAGUAGUGGUGGAGUCAGAGGAUGAUGAUAUUGAUUUGGAUGAUUUAGUUGAAUUCGCUGCGAAUGUUGAUUUGAAUGGUGAGAAUGAGAUGGAAGAUAUAGUGAACGAGAUGGAUGUUGAUGUUCGUGAUAAUGUGGUGAUUAGGGAGGGUAUAGAGAAGCUUAAGGACCGUUUCAAGAAUUUCGCAAGGCGAAAUGCUUCAAGAUUUGCUCAUUUUAAUCCGGAGCGGGAGGGAGAGAAUCGUGUGGAGGCCGAGGUUGAAGGGGAAAUGCCACCGGAAGAACCAGCUGAGAAUGUUGAGGAUUGGCCAGGACCGUUUUCGACUGCCAUGAAGAUUAUAAGAGAGAGGGAAAAGAAUUUGAAUUGUCAAGUGCGAGACUCGAGUUCUGUCAAAGGUGGCUUUCCUUUAGUUUCUUGGACACCUAGGAAGGAAAGGGACCUUGAGUGGAGGAAACGAGUUGCGCCUUCAUUGCAAAGUUUGUGCUUGAAUAUUCUUGCAAAAAAUGUUGAUGCAAUUACUUCUCUUAAGUAUGUACCAGAUGCAUUGAGGAACAAGCUUAGUGAAUUGCUGUGUGAUUCCAGGAAGAUGAAUCCGCAUUUUCUCAAUCUUCUUCUUGAUGGCUCUCCUGCAGAAUUACGUCUUGCAGAUUGCUCGUGGCUAGAGGAGCGUGUAUUUGAGGAAUCAUUUGAGGCUUGCGACAUUAAACACUUGACGGUUUUACAACUUGACCUGUGCGGGCACUGUUUAUCUGACUCUUCAUUGCACAAGGCCUUAGUACCAAAAGGGUUACCAGCAUUGACAACUAUUUCUUUGAAAGGUGCUUGCCGUAUUUCAGAUGGUGGGCUAGCUGCGCUAGUUUCUUCUGCCCCUGCCUUGAGAUCAAUAAAUCUCAGUCAAUGCUCUCUUCUAACAGAUGUUGGCAUUGACAGUAUUGCUAAUUCUUUAGGGUCGAUUUUGCAAGAACUAUAUCUUGAUGAUUGUGAUACCUUAGAUGCAAUGUGUAUUCUUCCUACACUCAAGCGGCUGAAAUAUUUGGAAGUCCUGUCACUAAGGGGCAUAGUCAGUGUUUCUGACAAAUUUAUCAGAGAAUUAAUUAGUACAAGUGGUCAGAACAUGAAGGAGCUUGUUUUGGCUAACUGUGUAAAUCUGACUGAUUCUUCUUUGAAGCUCAUUGCUGAAAUGUGUUCUCAGUUACAUGUCCUUGAUCUUAGCUGUCUGGGAAAGUUGACUGAUAUUGGCAUGGCACAUCUUACAAAUGGUUGCCGCACAAUUCAAGAACUGAAACUCUGUCGUUCCCCAUUCAGUGAUGAUGCUAUUGCUGCGUUCAUUGAAACUUCUGGAGAAUCUCUGAGAGAGUUAGCUCUAAAUCACAUUCGCAAGGUCGGUCAGAAUACCACCAUUUCUCUAGCUAGGCGUUGCAGGAAUCUUGAAAGCUUGGAUCUCUCAUGGUGUCGCCAUCUUCCAGACGAGGCACUGGGUUUAAUUGCUGACAGCUGCCUGUCCCUGAAGUUGCUCAAACUUUUUGGUUGCACACAGGUUAGUAGUGUUUUUGUGGAUGGACACUCAAACCCACAUCUUCAUAUUGUUGGGUUGCAGCUGACUCCAAUUCUAGACCAUAUCAAGAGGCCGGAUUUUCAACAAGGACCCUUGCACUAUUCUGUAGUGCCUCCAUAUUGAUUCUUGGAUUUGCUGGUCUGCGUCGUUUCAUUUUGCUAGGGUAACUUUUUUUCAGAUUUUGUAGAUUUUCAUCCAUGUUUAGUGGUUCAGCCCAUUCAUCUGGCAAUUUUGUGGCUGUUGUAUUUCUUGGUCUCUCCUUCCCCUUCAAUUUUUUUUGGCAGAGGGAGAGUUACAGCUAGGUCAGAUAUGGGUUUAUUUUUUGAUCAGGAAACUGGGAUCGCAGUUAGCAGAAGUUGCUACAUUUUAACAAUGUUAUGAACAGCUUAAUACAACCACAUUAACAUAGCAAACAAUUGUUUAUCUACGUAUAUGUAGACUGCAGUGAUUUUGUUUACUUGUUAUACAUGGAUCAGAGUUGGGAUAGUA